CACCCGGCAGGAUCAACAAAAAUUAUGGGUCCAGCUUCUGACGAACAUUCGAUGAUUCUUAGGUAUGCUUUCUGCCUUCAUCUACAACAGAUUGAGAGCAUCGGCGAUCGUUCAUAUCCUGUGCAAGGCUCUCGUCGCUGCCCUAGCCACCACUUGCUACGCGCACUGGACUUAUGACCGGAUCAUCGUCAACGGUCAAGUGAUCGGAGAACCUUGGCAAUAUGUCCGCCGGCACUCCAAUGGCAACAACUUCCUCUCAGAUGUUACAUCCAACGACAUGAGAUGCAACAUAAACGGCGGCGUCUCUGGUUCGAAUACUUCAACCUACGCUGUACAAGUUGGCGACCUACUUGGUUUCACCAUCAGGGACACAUUUGGACACCCUGGACCCCAGCAAGUCUACAUCUCGAAGGCGCCCGCAGCCGUGAAAGAUUACGAUGGCUCAGGAGAGUGGGCAAAAAUAUACACGCUCUCCAACUGCGUGACCAAAGGAUGCGGAACCGGCGAUGGCAUCGUAAAGUGGGCGACAUAUAGAGCGCAAACGUUCAAUUUUAAAUUACCAGCCGAAACCCCAGCUGGCGAAUACUUGCUACGUGCGGAAGGGUUGGCUAUCCAUGCGGCACAGAAAAGUAAAGGCGCUCAGUUCUACGUUGCCUGUGCGCAAAUCAAAGUCAUGGGCAAUGGCACUGGACUACCUGCACCCACGAUAAGGAUUCCAGGGGAGUACACGGAGAACUCGACUGGUAUUCUGAUCCCGAUGAUCUGGAGUAAGAUCACGGACUAUACGAGUCCUGGGCCGAGGUUGUGGCCUGAAGGAACGGAGGAAGCGCAUAUGCUCGAUGGGAAGGUCAAGGAGUCAGACUCAAGGCUGGCAAUCGAAGACAAAGUCAAACAAUAA